GGGUUCCGACGAAGGCCAUUGGGUGAUUAACUAUCCGCAUCCAUUUCCCGCACUAUAUCUCCCCACAAAUCCGAAUCCCGAGAGUUACAUUUGGAAUUCACGACAGAUGUUACAUUAGAGAAUGGAGAUUCCUUCAUGAACAUGGAAACUAGAGACGAUGUGACUAAACAAAAUGUUUGCUCUGCCUGCCUUAAUCAUAUCCAUGAUAAUGAGUACAUUGAAGCUCUAAAUAAAGAGUGGCACAGUGACUGUUUCAGGUGCUCUGUGUGUGAUGAAACCCUCUCAGAUUGGUACUUUGAGAAAGGUGAUAUUUUAUUCUGCCAAAUGCACUAUUGGGCAAAAUAUGGACAGUCGUGCCAACAGUGUUCUCAGUUGAUAACUGGUGGUCCUGUCAUGGUUGCUGGUGACCACAAAUUUCACCCAGAGUGCUUUCAGUGUAGUUCCUGUCGUUGUUUUAUUGGAGAUGGCGAUUCGUACGCUUUUGUAGAGCGAUCGAAACUUUAUUGUGGGUCUUGCUACAAAAGGCAAAUGCAGCCACUUAGUCAAAAAGUGACGGGUGGUCCCAGUAUAGUUAGGAAACCUCACUCGAUCCAGCUUUUGGCUUUGGGUCCUAUACCAGAAGGCCAGCGCCAUCACAUUAAACUAGCCCUGCAAGAUGACGUAACAAGCAAAAUCCCCACACUUUCCGAUGUUUACCGCGGUUUGCGGAUAUCUGAGUUAGACACGAGCAGCGAUCUAAUGUCACUGCACAUUGGCGAUCGUUUGCUCGAAGUGAAUGGUAUGCCAGUUAAAGACCAGUCGCUAGAGAAAAUUGAAAGUCUGCUUCGUUCGCCUGAAUCCACACUACAGUUGACAAUAGAACAUGAGCCGGAAACAAUUUCACGAUCAAGACCUCAGAGCGCUCCGCCUCUAAAUGUUUUACGUGGGUGCGCAGAUAUCUUAUCACAAAAAUUGGCCGCCACAUUCCCAAGAGACAAGAUAUCGCGCGACAAAGAACGAGCCGAACGGAUGUUUAAGUUAGCCGCCGUGGGUCGCACCAGACAGCGAUUGCGAAAUACAAGGGGAACCAAAGAGCGAUCGUCUUCCAUGCCCAGACUGCUAGACACUUCUUCGACGGAUCCCGAUGUGCCCAUCAAUUUGAACCAUUUCAACUAUAGUCGACUCAAUAACCCUGGAGAUCGUGAUGAUGAUCGCGAUGAUGAAUGUGAAUUGUCGAGGACCCAGUCGUUUCGUGUCCAACCGCUUAGCCGGAAGAGUAUUCAUUCACAGAAAAUAUUCCGGGCUUCAGACCUUGUCUUGGGUGAGCUCAUCGGCUCGGGAUUCUUUGGCCGUGUUUUCCGAGUGACUCAUCGAGAAACUAAUCAAGUUUACGUGUUGAAAGAACUCUACCGAGUCGAUGAAGAAGCUCAAAACAAUUUCAUCAAAGAGGUGGCAGUGAUGCGGACGCUCAGUCAUAAUAAUGUCCUGCGUUUUAUCGGAAUUCUUUACAAAGACAAGCGUCUCAAUUUGGUGACGGAAUUUAUCGCCGGUGGCACUUUAAAAGGAUUAUUGCACGAUUCAAACGAGCCGCUGCCGUGGGAGCAACGCGUCUCGUUCGCCAAAGAUAUCGCUGCCGGAAUGGCGUACCUUCACUCUAAAAGCAUUAUCCAUCGCGACCUUAACUCCAACAACUGCCUAGUGAGGGAAGAUCGUUCGGUGGUGGUGGCCGAUUUUGGUUUGGCGCGUAUUAUGCGAGCCGACAGCCCAUCGCGGACCAUUGCCCCAAACGGCCGUGGAUUGUUGAGAUGCCGUGAUAGCUCAACGUCGCCUAGCGGCCGUCGACCAAAGAAAUACGAGCGGAAGAAGCGAUACACUGUCGUGGGAAAUCCGUACUGGAUGGCACCGGAAAUGUUGACGGGGAAAAAAUACGACGAGAAAGUUGACAUUUUUAGUUUCGGAAUUGUUCUGUGCGAGAUUAUCGGUCGGGUCGAAGCGGAUCCGGAUUAUUUGCCGCGAUCAGGUGACUUUGGUCUCAAUCAGACUGCCUUCCGCGAAAAGUUUUGUCUCAAUUGCCCCGAGCCUUUCUACCGUAUCGCAUUCCUUUGCUGCGAUCUCAAUCCGGACAAGCGGCCCCCCUGCGAAGUCAUUGAGGUCUGGCUGGAAAGUUUGACGCUUCAUUUGGCUGUCGGGGCCACCCUUCCGCAGGAUCUUUUGAUCGACAUUUACACCUAUACCGGUCGGAGUUCCAGUUCGUCGGAAUCGACGACUCCGACGGAAGGCGUUUCGCCUGAAAUCCGUUCCACACCCAUGACGCCCAUUUCGCCUUUGCGCACAAUUUCGGAAGCGACUCACGAUCUGACAUUGGAAAGUCCUCCCUCUUCACCCAGUUACUGUACAGUUGACGUCACUCAUCUUUGACGAUUCAAUCGACAGUGGCAUCAAAUAACGCGAAAACAGCCUAAAGCCAAUUUAAUAUUUCCACUAAAAUCAUUUUGAUUACAAAUUUUUACCUGCCGAUUUGAUUUUUGCGACUGGUGGAUGUUGGGUCAGACCGGAUACCACCAAAUCCGAUGCUAAUCAUCCCAUUAUUUCAAAUGUCCAGCUCUUUAUUUUCACGGAGCCAUUUGUUUGUCCAGGAUUAAUUUCCUAUUUUGUUUCCUUUUCGUGUAUUCCUUUUGCUUUUCCCUUUUCCAGAAGAAACACCUGUUUGUAUUAUUCUACCCCGUUUACAAAGCCGACCAUCCAUCAAAUCCAUUUCGUUCCAGCCGUCUGAGGAAGGGCAAGAAUUUCUAAUCCUUUUUUGUUUCUCUCUCUUUCUCUCUCUCUUUCUUGUUUGUAAAUGGAAUGUCAUAGGGGAUUUGAUCGAUUUUUACUACAUGGUUUAUUCAUUCUCUCUGGAUGCUACGUGUAUAUUCCGACCAAAAUGUUAUCGUUUGACAAAAAAGUUACCUUAACUUUGUUACCAAAAUGUUACAUAAAAUCUAUUUGGAUUGUAUAAAAAACAAAACGUGUGAGUUGUAAUGGUGCCACGCACUAACAGAAUCUUAAAAACAAAAACUACAAACGGAGAAUUCCGACUCGUUUUCCUUU